AUGUACUUUUUCCCGCAUGCCAGUUCCCCAGCAUAUGAGCCUCAGAGGUUUUCAAAUCGAAAGAGCCAAAGUCCUAGAAAGCAGCAAGACUUUCAGACGGAAAACGGAUCAACACAUACUCGGAACUCCUCCACAGGCGUAUCAAUAUACACCAUCGAGUCCAAAGAGAUACCGAUUUGGUUCACUGUGUUCUUUGGAAAGCCCAGUUUGCCGUCGCCCCAGCUGGACAAUGCUCGAUUCAAUGCGAAAAUUUCGGAGCGGGUAUUUGAGCCUUCGAGCACACCUGCUGACAGUCCCUCCAAAUCCUCUUUCAGAACAAGCGUCUCAAGUAGCAUCUCCCUGCCACGGCCCGGUCUGUCUGAAGAACCAUCCGUCCUCCGCACUAUACUCUCCUUGUGCCGCUCUUUCGAAGGUGAAAUACUCAACUGCGUGGCAGAAGGUUGUACGAUCUGCGGAAAAUGUCCAGCCCAAUCACUAGUACAUCGUCCGCUAUGCGCUACACGAUAUGGCUAUGUUGAACUAUCGGAUUUUGUGGAGAUGCACAAGCUCGUCUCGACUGUGGCGUCUCAUACAACACAUAUCACCAGAAGGGACGAAAUCGAUUGGAGUGUCGGAGAUGUGAUGAGCGACAGACCAUACAUCUGCUCACUAGCUGUCCCAAUCUGUUCUCCGGAAGGAGAAUGCCAUCAAGCUGCGGCAAAGAUGAUGCAGACGUACAUUGAGGGAAUUAGAGACGGAAGCAUCAAGCCAAAGGCUUUGGACACGUUCGAGAUCCAGGAGAGGCCGGGUUUACCACAACGCCGGAGUGUGACAUCGCAAUACAGCUUUCGAGUAAAUACCACAAGAAACGAAGAUUAUUCUGCAAGCACGCUUUGCCUGAGAAGCCCGUCAAUAGAGGCUCUUGGGACUCUUAGUGCUCGGCCCUUCAAGAUUGGAGCUACCGUGUUUGUUGGAAGACCAAGUCUGCAGCUCAGCGGCGCCCCGCGACGUGGUCAGCUAAGCUGUUCAGUUUUCUCCUCUACUUGGUCAGGCCCUGCUCUUCCUGGAGUGGCCAAGAACGAGGCAGACGAUGCCGUUUUCUAUUGUCGUAUUGCAGCUUCCUAUGAGCAUCACAUUCUUGGCUCUGCGAAUUAUCGCUGCGCAGUAUGUUCUGAACUCGUACCAGCAAAGAGCUUGGUCCAUCGGCCGCUACUCUUUGUCCAAACUCAUAGAUCCGGUUUGCAGAGUGAGUCUGAGCGGCGGCUGAUCGUGAAACUCUCUCAAUUUGUCCAAGGCCGAUGGUCGUACCCGGAAAUGAACGCUGUCAUGGGAGGUACAACCGACGCUCAUGUUUUCGACCUGGCCGUACCAAUCUGUGAAGGCAAGACGCUUUGCGAAGAAGUGGCUCGAACCUCUGCCCGCGAGUUUGUCAAGCUACUAUUACCUUCCGACAUGGCACUUAUUUUCCCUGGUCUGGACCCAGACACUGAUCUCUCCCUGAUGAAAGAUGAGGUCGUCAGUGAAUUUGUGUACAAGCCCGAAGACGCAGAGGUCCUAGUCGACAGAAUCGGAUGUGAUCUGCUAAAAAUGACCGGUGAAGAGCGAGACGAGGAUCCAAUGGACUGUUCCUUGACCGUUACCAAGCUCCGACGAUGGUACGAACUCGCUUUUGAGGAAGAAGAGGCCAAACGCCAGUACCUCAAAGAUAUCGGGUACAAGAGAACCGGCGACUGCAGCGAAUCAGACAGCGACGACAGCGAAAUCGAUGACGAUCUCAUCUGGGUCUACGCCCUGAAUGACCCUGAUGAGUCUUCCUCGCGGAGAAGCAGCGCCCGGUUGUCUAAUCGCGAACUGUCAAGGCAAGACUUGGCUAUUAGGAAGCUUGAAAAACUUGCCUUGUUUCAGCCAACACUCAGUUUCGGCUUUUGGAAGGUUUGGGAAACUAUGAAGUCUUUGGAUCAUACGCAUGAUUAG